UCCAACAAAAAACUUCGAUUCUGCUAAAUUGAAGGAUGUGGUGUGAUUUUGAGAAAUAAAAAUAAUUGUAAUUUGUAAAAGCCAAAUAAUAACCAAUCGCUUGCAAUUUAUUAAAUCAAUAUCAAGUUAUUAAUCAAAUAAUUAAACCUUUGUCAAAAUAGAGAAAAUAUGGGGGAACAACCAAUUUUUACAUGUCAAGCUCAUGUCUUUCACAUUGAUCCAAAAACGAAAAGAACAUGGAUCACGGCCAGCAUGAAAGCAGUGGCAGUGAGUUUCUUCUACGAUUCUACACGAAAUCUUUAUCGAAUAAUAAGUGUAGAAGGAAGCAAAGCAGUUAUUAAUUCUACGAUAACUCCCAACAUGACAUUUACACAAACUUCCCAGAAGUUUGGUCAAUGGAGUGACGUCCGUGCUAAUACAGUCUAUGGGUUAGGUUUUGCAUCAGAAGCAGAGCUAACAAAGUUUGUGGAAAAGUUUCAAGAAGUAAAAGAAGCUACUAAGAACGCUAUGGCAAAGUCAUCUGCAAAUGGAAGUGCUGCAGCAACUCCAACAACAUCGGCAAAUACUUCACCGGUUACGUCUCGUAGUGGUAUUAUGCAAAAUGACAAUGCUCCCAUGAUGGAGCACACGGUGGAGCCACCAAAUCUAUCGAAUACAAAUACCCAGAAUGCCAAUCCCGACAGUCCUUCGCAUAAAAUAAUUCAAAGUAGCAAUAUUAACACGAAUGAUAUCAAACCUCCCAGUACCCAACUUGUGGGCGUAGGCGAUAUUGUGGGUGGUCAUAGUGGUGGUCCUGGUGGUGGAGGUGAACAGCAGUUGAAGUAUGAAAACGAGAGACUUAAAAUGGCCUUGGCUCAGAGUUGCGCCAAUGCGAAAAAAUGGGAAAUUGAACUUGCUACUUUGAAAAACAACAAUAUACGUCUAACCAGUGCACUGCAGGAAUCGACAGCAAAUGUGGAUGAAUGGAAACGACAACUUCACACUUACAAAGAAGAAAAUAUCCGGCUUAAACGAGAAAUGGAAUCCACUAGACAAGGUGCAGCACCUGUUCCAGGUGGAAACGAAAUAGCCGAAGACCUUCGUAGAGAGAUAAGUCUACUCAAGGGACGAAUAGAGUCAUUGGAAAAAGAAUUAAUGAAUCAAGAAAUCGAACUUAAGGCAGCCAAUCGAAGUUUACUUGAUAAAAGCAGCGAACAAACUAUGGCCAAACUUGGUGAGCUUAAUCAAAUGUUUGCUAAACAUCUAUCAGAUCUUCUAGAUGUUCAAAAAGAUAUGGAUAAAUUAAUUGUACCUGCAAAGAGUACUUGAGACAUGCAUUUAAACUUGCUUGAUAAGUUCUCUGAAUCUGAUCAAAUGGCAUCAAUGGAAAUUAAUAUUCAUAAAGGAAGUGGUAACUUCCCAGCUAUAGAAACUGAAAAUACACUCUCGAACGUAACAUCAAUACAAUCUCAAUUGCAAUCGUUAUAUGAUUGCAAUGAUACAUCAAAAAAUUGCUACAAAUACAAUAAUUAUAAAAACAUUAAUAUAAACAGUUCGACAGAAAAACUUUUGAAAAUGCAUGCAAGUAACAUUAACGAGAAUAAUUCAAAUCCUUCUCAUCUUAAUUUAAAUAAAUCCUUCGAUGACACUAACAUUUCUGUUGGCGGCGGUGGUGGUAGCUCAAAUAAUAUUAAGAUGACUCUAGAGACUCAAUACCAUCAGAAAAAUCAAAAUCCAGAAUUGGAAACUAAAACAAAAACGAUGUUAUCCGAAUUGAAAAAGAAUCUUUCGCCUCUAAUGGCAACAAAAAAAUAUGCUAAGGAGAUGACUAAGGAACAACCUGAAGUUGGUGGUCAAGUUGCUUCAGAUAUAGCAAAUACUUCAGGACUUAAUAAUGCUAAAACGGCCACAAUACUUGUAUCGAAGUCAAAAACUAAAACAGGACUUCCUUUGUUGUUAAAGAACUCAAUAAACUAGUAACAUUCAUUUUUAUACCAGAAUUUGAAAUUAUUUUGCUUGGUAGACAAAAAUAAAAAACAAAUAUCUAAAUAUAUCAUCUUGUGAAACUACAUAACGCAAAAUCAGCUCAACUUUUCAAUACUUUCCCAUUGGCACAAUCAUGACUACAAAAAAAUCGCAUUUAUCGUUAAUAAACAAAAAAAAGAAAACCUAUACGUUUAUUCUUUGAAGUUAAACUGCUCAAUUUUACACUAUUCAAACCUUCCUUUUUAGAGUUUUGUUUUCGUUUCUUUUUAUAUUUAUACAAAAUCUGAUACAGUGAAGUUUUGCUCUUCAAUGGAUAUUCAUAUAAUAAUAAUAUAAAAAAGGUCAAAUGCUAGAACAUUAUGUAAAUACAAAUCUGACUAAAAUUGCAAUCCGUAUUAGAAUAUAAACAAAAUAAUUUAACACAAAUGAAACUGCAAUAUGCGUUUUAAAAUGGAACGAAUUAAAGUGUAAAACAUAGUUAUAUAAGUUAAUAAAUUAUUUAUUCUAGGCCUAGUUUUUAAUUGAAAAACAUUAUUAUAUUACAACCACAAAAUAUUACCUACGAAUGUUAAGUUUUGAUUAAUGACAAUUUAUUUGCAGAAAAAUAAAGAAAAUUAAUCUUAAAUAAUCUAUUGUGUUUAAGUAAAAUGAAAAUGAAAACAAAAAAUAAAUGCUGGAAAAAUUAUUAACAUAAUAUAUGUAAUUUGAUAGUUAAAUAUUGAUACAUUUAAAAUAUAUUAUAUAAAAUAUAAAAAUAUUCUUUUCUACUUUUAAUAUUGUGUGAGCAUUUUCAAGUAGACUUUUUGUAAAAUCUGAAAACAAAAAAAAAAACAAAGAAAAACAUAUAAAAGCGUUUUGUAUCCUAACCAUAAACCAUAAACCAUAAAUAUAAAGAAAAGACAACAACAAAAAAGUAAUAGCAAAUCAUUUUUAGAUAAACCUUAUUAUGUAUAUUUGAAAUGAUUUAUUAAAUUUAUGAAAGAAAUAAUAAUUAUUGCUCCUCCUACGUGUUUUCAUAGGUUUUUGUUUUUCUCUUGGAUUAUUAAGUAUUUGUCAAAAAUAACGCUCUCCAAAAUGAGAGUUUAUUAAAACAAUACUAUGGAGUGAAAUAAUAACUACAUAAAUUUAUAUUAAAUAUUUUGAACAAAAAAAAAACAAAUCGUGUUAAAUGCAAUGAGCCAAUAAAUUAUAAAAAUAUGUACACUCAAAAGAAAAAUGUGUACCACUCAAAAGAAAUAAAUAAAAUUAUUUAAAUAAAAUUA